AUUUUAACACUGAGCGUUGCGGCUUUACAGUGCUGCGCUCAGUGAAACGCACAAGCGGCUGAAGCUGCACAAACUGAAGCAUGGGGCUAAUCAAACUGGUGUUCUGUGCUGUUUCACUCCUGUUUGGGUCCCGAAUUUGCCUGGCGUUUAUCAUCCAACGAACUGCCAAACCAGACACUUCUUCUCCUCACUUCCAGGCAGACGCUCCAUGGGACAGCACAUCAGGAUCAUGCAAAAACAGGUGUUUUGAGCUUCAGGAGACAGAGGCGCCUAACUGCCGCUGUGACAACCUGUGCAAAACCUACAACAGCUGUUGCUCAGACUUUGAUGAGCACUGCUUAAAGACAGAGGGGGGCUUUGAGUGCAGUAAGGAGCGCUGUGGGGAAACACGAAAUGAUCAACAUGCCUGCCAUUGCUCAGAGGACUGCCUGGACAAGGGAGACUGCUGCACCAACUACAAGACCCUCUGCAAAGGUGAAACUUCAUGGUUGGAAGAAGAAUGUGAAGAGAUAAAGACUCAUGAAUGUCCUGCUGGGUUUGUUCGUCCACCUCUUAUCAUGCUCUCAGUCGACGGCUUUCGAGCCUCCUACAUGAAGAAAGGAAACACAGUAAUACCCAACAUUGAGAAGCUGAGAACAUGUGGUACCCAUGCACCGUACAUGAGGCCUGUCUACCCCACCAAAACCUACCCGAAUUUAUAUACAAUUACAACAGGUCUUUACCCUGAGUCACAUGGCAUUGUGGGUAACUCCAUGUAUGAUCAUGUCUUUGAUGCAACCUUUACACUGCGAGGAAAAGAGAAGCUGAACCAUCGCUGGUGGGGUGGACAGCCUAUCUGGAUAACCUCUGUGAAGCAAGGAGUAAAGGCUGGCACUUUCUUCUGGCCCAUAGGGAUUCCACUGGAGAGGAGAGUGUUAACCAUGCUACAGUGGCUUCAUCUACCUGAUUCAGAGAGGCCUUAUGUUUAUGCCAUGCACUCUGAGCCGACGGAUGCCUAUGGCCACAAGCUAGGCCCUGACAGCGCGGAGAUCAGCAACCCACUGAAAGAGGUCGACAAAAUUGUUGGGCAGCUGAUGAAUGGCUUGAAACAGAUGAAACUCCAUCGAUGUGUCAAUAUCAUCAUGGUUGGAGAUCACGGCAUGGAGGAAGCUCAUUGUGACCGCACGGAGUUUCUUAGCUCGUAUAUGUUUAACGUCGAUGACAUUAUCCUCAUCCCUGGCUCUCUUGGCAGAAUCCGUGCUCGGCACCCCAACAACUCGAAAUAUGAUGCAAAAGCAGUAGUGGCAAACCUUACUUGUAAAAAGCCAGAUCAGCACUUCAAGCCUUACCUGAAGCAACACCUUCCCAAACGUCUCCAUUAUGCUAACAAUCGACGCAUUGAGGACGUCCAUUUGAUGGUGGAGAGAAAAUGGCAUGUAGCAAGGAAGCCUCCAGAGGUAAAAAAGCAUCCAGGCAAAUGUGGCUUUGCAGGCGACCACGGAUAUGAUAACAAGAUCACCAGCAUGCAGACCAUUUUCCUUGGAUAUGGACCAAUGUUUAAAUUCAAGACCAAGAUACCCCCGUUUGAAAAUAUUGAGCUGUACAACGUCAUGUGUGACCUCCUCGGCCUGAAACCGGCCCCAAACAAUGGGACCCAUGGUAGCCUGAAUCACGUGCUAAAAAAUCCUGUCCACAAACCUAGCAUGCCCGAGGAGGUGUCCAAACCAACCUCCUCUGGACUGGCCAGUGGCAUAACUGAUGACUUGGGCUGCACCUGUGAUGAAAAGAAACAACAAGCUGGUGACAAAUUAAAGGAAAAAUCAACAACCCUAGUAACCUUACUUGUCCUAUUGCGUUCAAAAAGUAGGGGGCAGAGGGCUUUGAAAGUGGCCCUGGUAAGAGGCUAUAACCUGGAGUCACUGUGGCUCUGUCUCUUACAGAACAAAGUGGAGGAGCUCAACCUACGACUGAGAAAAGCUAUCGACGACAACAGGAAUCUUCCAUGUGGUCGUCCGGCAGUUAUGUUCCACACCAAGUACAGCAUCCUUCACCACAGUGAUUAUAUCAGCGCAUACAGUGAAGCACUCUCCAUGCCUCUCUGGACCUCCUUUACUGUCUCCAAACAGGUGGAUGUGACAGCACUUCCUGAAGCUCUGAGUACCUGUGUGAGACCUGAUGCAAGAGUUCCUCCAGCAUACAGCCGCUCCUGCACAAGCUACCAAGCAGACAAACAGAUCUCUUACAGUUUUCUAUAUUCACCUCAGCUGGCAACCGGUCAGGAAGCGAGAUAUGAUGCUCUCUAUAUCACCAACACUGUACCAAUGUACCCAGCAUUCAAACGCGUGUGGAGUUACUUCCAAAAGACCCUGGUAAAGAAAUAUGCCAGUGAGAGGAACGGCCUUAAUGUAGUGAUGGGGCCCAUUUUUGACUAUGACUACGACGGCCUUCGUGACUCUGAGGAGAAGAUGAAACAGUAUGUGAGCGGCUCCGUGGCUAUCCCAACUCAUUUUUUCAUUGUUGCAACGAGCUGCUUGGACUACGCACAGACCGUGGACUCGUGUAAUGGCCCAUUAAGUGUAUUCUCCUUCAUCCUUCCCCACAGAGCCGAUAAUGAUGAAAGCUGCAGUAGUUUUGAGGACGAGUCUAAAUGGGUGGAGGAGCUGAUGAAGAUGCAUACUGCACGUGUUCGAGACGUGGAGCUCCUAACAGGACUGGAUUUCUACCGCCGCACCAGCCAAAGUUUUGCAGAUAUCCUCUUGCUAAAGACGUACCUGCACACAUACGAGAGCGAGAUCUAAACCACUGCCUUCCCUGCACUAAUGUCUUCCUCUUCCAUUAAAUCCUGCAACCCCCACCUGUCCUACCCAGUCAGAUGAGAUGGUUAGGUGUAUAUUUUUAUACAAGCCCCUUUUUAAUGUUUUGUAAUGACUGUGAACAUGAUCGUUGCUUUUUAAUAGUGUGGAUGUGAUUAUGUGAGUGUGAGAUUCUGUACUGUAUGCUGUAAUGUAAUAAUGUUUCUUACGUACCACUUAUGUAAUGUGUUUUGAUUUGUCUACAUGCGUGAAAUGAAUUCAAAACAUUAAACACUUUUUUACUUAAAUCCUCCUGAUAGCAGCAGCACCUGGAGGUCAUUAGCAUUUCAAACUGCAUUACGGGGUUACAGUCACAGGAGGGAGCUAUUUGGACACAAAUGAAUCAUUCGCCUUUUCCACUGCACCUUUAUAUAAAGUACUACUGUACGGUUGUUUUUUUAAUCCGUCGAGACACGUUUAGUGGUUUUUUCCAUUGCAAAGUAACCCGUACUGUACUUAAGUCUUCUUUUCCGUCUUUGUACUUUUAAAUAUAGACUAAAAUAUUCAUUUUAAGCAUAAAGAUUGUUAUAAUUAUA